ACUGCCCAUGGUUUCAAGCCCUAAGCCUUCAACGAAGGAGGAGCGGAAAACAUUCCGAGUUUCUUCCUCAGUUCUCCCUUUCUAGAAUCUUCCAAAUUCAAACCUCUUUUGCUUUCAGCCUUACUAAUAACACUCAGUAGCGAGAACGAGUCAUGGAAUCCAAACCCGGUCAAAAUAUCAAGCUCCUCUGUAGUUACGGCGGUAAAAUUCGCCCACGCACCACCGACGGUGAACUCCGUUACGUUGGAGGCCACACCAGAGUUCUCACCGUCCUCCGUUCGAUCUCCAUUUCAGAAUUGAUGGUCAAACUCACUGAGUUUUGCGGUUCGUCUGUGAUCUUGAAGUGUCAAUUACCCAAGGGAGACUUGGAGACCCUGAUUUCCAUCACCAACGACGAAGAUCUCGCUAACAUAAUCGAAGAAUACGAUCGUGCCUCGUUGAAACUGGCGCAUCCAAUGAAGAUCAGAGCCGUUCUCUUGCCGCCGAGGUCGAUGAAGAAGGUUUUGUCUACUCCGACGUUGUCCUCGGCGUCGUCCAGCGCCAGUCACUCUCCGGCCAGAUCGCCUCAUACUUCCGCCGAAUCCCUGCCGUACACGGCGUACCGUUACGGAUGCAAUUACCGGACUCCGCCGCUGCCGGCUGCGUACGCUAUCGGCGUGCGUAACGGUUCGGCGAAGGCCUGCUGCUACACGCAGUUCGAUGGAAACCAUAGAUUUUGGCGUCGUGGACCUCACUGCUACAAUUACUGCCACUGAGGCCAGCCGAUUUAUUCAUAUAGUAAAUACAGUCACAGAGGAAUCGGGAAUACGAAGCGGAUUCCAUACAUGAUAUCAUGAUGACGAAAAUAUCAAAAGCACCAAAAAAAACGAAAAAAAAAACAUGAGAGAGGGUUGUGAAAUACAAUUAAUUUUUUUUUUAAAUUUUUGACAAAAUUUAGAUAUCGAUGAAUGAGGAGGUUCAAGUUUUUCCAA